GUAGAGCCAAAUAAGGAAAUAGAACAGAAUCUCACAGGAGUUUCUUUCCCUUUUAUUUCUAUAGCUCAGAGACUUGCUGUAACAAAAGCCUUUCUUUCUAUCAAACCUGUUUAACAUAUUCAACUAAACAAACUAUCUCUUAAAGAAAGCAGGAGCAUUUUUUUAUGUGCGCCUUGCUCCAGCAGUGGCUCUUGAGGACAUUUCUGCAUUUAUCAAUGUACUAAAUGAGCGAUUUUGGACAGCUUCUAUGUUCUGAUUUGUUGUGCCUUUUUUUAUCUCCCCCCUCCCUCCCUUCUUCCCUUUUUAAUUUGUCUAGGAAAAAAAAAGCAGCUCCUCCAGUGUUGUUUCCUGCAAAGACCAUUCUUCAGAGCUCGUUGGACAGCACAGGGCUCUUGAAGUGAUAGCUAAUUGGUGAAAGAAAGGCCCUGAUUGUCUUGAGGGAGCUGGAAAGUGCUGCGUGUGCUGCUGAAAGGGACUGGGGAGAAGGUGCCUGGUUUCGCCAAGCAGCUGCUGCUGGAGAUGUUUGGAGAUUACAUCAGCACUGGAAAAAAGGGGCAAAAAAAAAAAAGGAGAAGAGAGAAGUCCAACUUCACAGAGAAUGAGUUUAUGGAGGGUUUUUUUCCCCUUCCAAAGGUCUUCUGACAAUACUGUCAUUGUCAAUAUAAGAGUUGUUAAUUCUUUAUGAAUAGCACAUGGGGCCUCUUGACUAAAUAGUACGUUACAUGUCCCAAAUCUGUCAGCUGGACUCUUCUCUCACAUGCUAGUGAGAUCACUUUGGUUGGAAUGCUACAGGAAUUGCUGGGCUGGCCGCACAGAACUGAAUACUGCAUUUAUAUAAUUAGACCUCCCAGAUUUUUUUAUUUUGCAUUACCUCAUUAUUCUAGCUUAAAUAUGGAAUCAGCCCUUUUGAUGAUUUUACUGGUUGUCAUUAUAUUAAUACGGUUCAUUUUGUGGUCCUGUCUUAGUGCUUACAUAGAUUAUAAACUGUCCCGAAGGUUUCCUGACACAAGAAAAGAGGACUAAGAGACAUCAAAAGGCUUGUUGGGAUUUCAAUUGACAAUGGGGGGAACUGGGUAAGGUAAAUAGAGGUACAGCAGAUUUUACCUUGGGAUCUGAUGAGAGAGAAAUGACCUGUUGAGGCUGCAACAGAAGUGAAAAUUCUUCAGAAAGCCUCAUGCUGACAGAGGGGAGAAAAACUACAAUUGAUUGAGUCAGAUAACUUCCUAUCAAACUCAGGCAUGAAUUUGUUGUUGGGACCAGAGUUGUGGACUUGUGCCAAGUAAAUGCUCUGGACAAGCUGGAAGGAAUCCUAUUACUGGGCAGUCCAAGACUGCCAGUGGCCCGGUCUUGACCUGUGGCACGUGAUGGUGUGCUGCCUGCUGGACUGACUGCUGGUCUGUACAUUGUCAGCUGCACAGUCUGCCUGGAUGCAACAACUUACGGCUCCUGAAGGAAGCUGAAGAUCACUGGCCAAACUCAGUACCCAAAUGCCACUGCGUGGACUUGCAGGAGUGGCUUUUUACCUGACUGGCUGGUUCGUUAAAAUUCCUUGUGGUUCCUCCUGGUCAGUUGGAUCUGAAGGUGACUGAAUGUUUUGAACUGACUCUGACCUGCUGAAUAUUCACGUUUCUUAGCAAGCAUUAUAUUUGAAUGCCAGAAGGAGCUGGAUACCACUGGAAUAAUCUCUUUCAUGUAGAACUUAUCUGUGCCACAGAGAUUGUCUGACUCUAGCUGUGCUUCAGUAGCAAGGAGGGCACAUGACAGCAUGGCAUGCAGUGAGUUUUGACUUGAAUGUCUUGCAAGGUACUUUCAUUUCUAGCCUUUGAUAAGGAGCGAAGACACCAAAGGAUUUGGCUGCUUUCCCAAGGCCAUAAUGACUUAAGAUAGUUUGGUUAGCUUGUCUUGCAAAAUUAAAGUUCCAAGUGAACUGUCUGCUUUCAAAUAGAUGUUAUACUAAGAGAGGCAUCCAAAAAUCUUCCUAUAUAUACAGC